AUUUUCUGAAAGUGACAGUUGUAUGUAAACUUAACCUACAAAACUUUGGUUCUGUCUCGAAAAAUGAUGUCAGAUGAGUCUGAAAACGACGCAGUUUAUACCGAAAGCUACGAAAAUGAUAUCUAUUACAAAAAAUACAAACUUUUAUUGGAAGAAUGUGCCCAGUUACAAAAAUCCAACGAAAUUCUAGUUUUUAGGAUCCAAGAAGUGAACAAAAUCGUGAGUCGACGUCAGAAAGAGGUGAAUUUUUUCCGAAAACGCCUCUUGAACAAUUAUGGCGAAGACUGGACUGUGAUACCUAACCUAGACCUCAUCAAGGAAGAAGAAGACUCAAAGUCAGUUGCGUUUCUUAUGCUGAAAGACAAACUGAAGGAAGAAAAGUGUGAAGAGGUGGAGAAGCCCAAACCAGCGAAGAAACCAACGAAACGGAAAAGUACAAGAAGCGAAAAAGACCCAAAAGCCCCCAAGAGACCAUCAAACCCCUUUUUCCAGUUCUGCCAAGAACAGAGACAGAUUUUGAUGGAACAGUUAAAUGCUGAGUUAAAGCCAGGCGAAGCUGAGCUAACCAAACAGGAAUUAACUAGACAAUUGGCGAUUAAAUGGAAGUCCUUAUCAGGGAAUGAUAAGAAGGUUUACGUGGACAUGUACGAGAGGUCCAAGGAGAAAUAUGCAGCAGAGAUGUCGGAAUACAACAUGAAGAAGUAAAUAAUGUAUUAUUUAAAUAAAAAUUUAUUCUUUGUAACAAACAA